AUGCUUACCCGACUAAUGUCUUUCCGUUGCGCAAUGUUUCGUCUAGUUCUCUUACUGCCUCUCUUGUGUUCGACGUUUCUCCUCAAAAGUUUGGGAGAUGCCUCGAGACCCGAGAGGGUCGAAGCAAAAAAUGGGGUCGUGGCCACUGAUGAAACAGCAUGCUCGAGAAUCGGACGCGAUCUUCUUAAACAAGGGGGCCACGCAGUUGAUGCUGCUGUGGGGGCCACACUUUGUAUAGGUGUCGUGAGCCCCGCUGAGAGUGGGCUCGGUGGAGGAGGAUUUAUACUCGUUCGCCAGGCAGAUGGGCAGGCGAAAGUUUACGACAUGAGAGAAAUUGCACCUGGACGAGCUUCCAAGGAUAUGUUUGCCAACAUGACUGAGCUCGAGUGGAAAGUCAACCCUCUUUCCAUAGCUGUCCCGGGACAGCUGGCGGGUCUCUACACAGUCCAGCAGAAAUAUGGGAAGCUUCCGUGGGCAUCCGUCGUGAAGCCUUGCGAGGAUCUCGCGCGCAAUGCUUUCAAAAUCUCCCGCGCCCUCUCUCGAAAAAUCGCCAGCGUGGGCCCACACAUUUUGUCCGACGAGAGUUUUGGGAGCGUAUUUGCUCCAAACGGGCAGAUUCUCGUCGAGGGGCAGACUCUACGCCUCCGCAAACUGGCUGACACGCUGGCGGCCAUCGGCAAGCACGGGAUGGGAAUUUUCUACAACGGCUCGAUUGCCGAUGGCUUAGUAAAGGACAUUCGAAAGCGAAAAGGGAUCGUCACUAAGGAAGAUUUUCAGAAAUACCGAGUUAUUACGAGAGAACCUCUUGUUUCUUCGGUAUUGGGGUAUAACUUGCUGACCGUACCACCUCCUGCUUCGGGUGGGGCAGUCGUGAUACUCAUACUAAAGACUCUUUCGAAGUUUGAUAACAAUGUUACCACGUCGCUUUUUGUGCAUAGAACGAUCGAGGCACUAAAAUAUGCACUUGCUCUGAGGAUGAAUCUUGGAGAUCCCGGUUUUGUGAACAUUACCAAUAUAGUAAACUAUAUGACUGCAGAUAGCACCGCGCAGAAAAUUAAGAAUCUGAUAGACGACAAGAAAACGUUUGAUCCCGUUCAUUAUGGGAGCAGGUGGAGUCAGGUGGAUGAUCACGGGACGAAUCAUCUCUGUAUUAUAGAUCGUGAGCGUAAUGUGGUAACAAUGACGACUAGUAUAAAUACUCGGUUCGGAUCGAAAAUAAUGUCAGAAAGUACCGGGAUAUUCUUUAACAAUCAGAUGUACGAUUUUUCGAUUCCUACAUCGAAAGGUAAACCAGGAGCACCCGCAAACUAUGUUAGUCCAUAUAAAAGGCCUCUGUCUUCUUUGGAACCUAUCAUUCUUUUAAAGGGAGGAUGUGUAAGAGCCGUGAUAGGCUCUGCGGGAGGUUUGCUGAUACCGGAUUCAGUUUCUCAGACCUUACUGAAUUUUUUCGUUCGGAAAAAACAUAUAUUCACCUCCGUCAAGACUCCAAGAUUUUACCACAGACUAUAUCCGAACGUGCUCUUGCACGAGAACUACUCGUCGGUGAACAGUGAUCAUUACGUGUACACGGAUAAGACACUGAGUGAUCUGAAGAAAAGGGGACAUCAUUUAAGACAGGCAACUGCUAUGAUGACUACUUGCCAGUUUGUCGUACAAACGUUAAUCGGUAAUAAAACCGGUUUGCUUACGGCUGUUAGUGACCUGAGAAAAGGUGGUUUUCCAGCAGGUUACUGA